ACCAAGACUUGCCGAGCGUGCACCCAGACUUUGUCACAGACGCAGACUUAGAGUCUGCGCAGACCUGCACCCAGACCGGCCGUAACUUACACAUUCACCCGCUGGCAGACUUUCUCGGGGCCCGAAACGACGACGUUAUUAUUCAAGCACCACUGCGCAUUGGCUUCAGCAGGCCAUGAACGCCUCGCGCUUACUAUGUAUCCGAAAGGCCAUGUGGGAUCUCCCGUGUCCCUCCUUGUCGUUCUAGUCGUGUCAAAUUGGGGAGGACGAGAAGCUCAGCUAGAGGUGUCGAUGAAGCUUGAGCUUCCCGAGCUUGAACUCGGGGCACAUGUUACACCGGACUCGCAACGAGAGGCAUUCUACGACGAAGAGCAUCUACGAGAAGCUGGAGGAAUUUCGCGCACAGACAGUGUAUCAAUGAGCAACGGGUGGCAGCCACCGACUUAGCACGUGUCACGCCACCCACCAGUGAAUUCGCGAGGUCCAUCGAGCAAAAAUGGGAGGGCAUCUCGCCAAGCUUUGAUCAAUUCGUGACACCUCAAGGGCCUCGCAUUUGGCAAUUCCACGAGGCCCCAGACAUCAAUGAGCAUAUUCGCGUGAAUACCAACAUCCAUGAUGUACCUUUAUGUGCCCAAAUGCCAGCCAUGCCAUGAAAUACCCUCUGUCGGUCACUUUCGGACGUGCGCGACAUCGGUAUGAAGCUGUAUGCAAACCAUGCGUCAUUGUGCGGCACACCCAUACGGAGCGCAUUGCGAGCAUUGCUUUGGUCCCCGAUCAGAAUGUUGGUGUCGCACUUUCUUUCUUCGUUUAGGUUCCAGCGGCAUGGACAGUACCAUUUUCACUAUACCUGCGCAUAGCAUAGAUGGCAUUUACGCGUCUCAUAAAUGUUAGUGAAGAUAAUGAGA